GCAACGUUUAAGCCUGACUCGGUACAGCUCUCUGUUCUCGGGUUCGUAAUCCAACGACGAGCCAUUAACAUUGACGUAAAUAAUAAUAUUAUUAUUUAAAUAACGAUGCAAGCUAUCAAGUGUGUCGUUGUUGGUGAUGGAGCUGUUGGUAAGACAUGUUUACUCAUAAGUUAUACUACCAAUGCCUUUCCUGGUGAGUAUAUACCAACUGUCUUCGACAAUUAUUCAGCGAAUGUAAUGGUCGAUGGAAAACCCAUUAAUUUGGGACUAUGGGAUACUGCUGGACAAGAAGAUUACGAUAGAUUACGACCAUUAUCUUAUCCACAAACUGAUGUGUUUUUAAUAUGCUUUUCGCUUGUCAAUCCAGCGAGUUUUGAAAACGUUAGAGCUAAAUGGUAUCCUGAAGUACGUCAUCACUGUCCUAACACUCCAAUCAUUCUUGUGGGAACUAAGUUAGAUUUACGUGAAGAUAAAGAAACUAUUGAGCGACUCAAAGAUAAAAAAUUAGCUCCUAUUACUUAUCCUCAAGGAUUAGCGAUGGCUAAAGAAAUUGGUGCAGUGAAAUAUCUUGAAUGCUCGGCAUUAACGCAAAAAGGAUUAAAAACUGUUUUUGAUGAAGCGAUACGUGCAGUAUUGUGUCCAGUUCCACAGGUAAAACCCAAACAUAAAUGUUGUCUCCUAUAAUAUUAAUUAUUUAACGACGCCCGAUCGACCGCAAGCGUGUGCCACCUUCGUCUUCAUCGUUAUUUUUCUCUUGAGCUUAUAUUAUACUAAACUCGAGACGACGGUGUAUAAAAAGGCUGUUGGCAAUAUUCAACAUAUGUCGUACCUCCUUGAGUUUUGUGCCGUUUAUCAUCAUCAUCGUCAACGUUAUCAUUAAUUGUUCUAUAAUGUUUUUACAUUCAUAUUGUUGUGAAGAUUUAGAGCUAAUAUACAGCGCACAAUUGGUUGCAUAAUUAUGUUUUGGAAACAAGAAAUUUGAAUUUAAUCAUUUUUAUUCAAUAAUUAUUUUUUUUUUAAAGCAUUUUUUGUAUAAUAAAUCGAAUUAAUAUGAUCGGGAUUUGUCGUGAUUAAAAAUCGAUUAUCAUUCAUGAUAAAAACAGAAAACAAUAUAAGUUAGUAAAAAAAUUCGGAUAAGAGAGUUAAUCAGAGAGACUAGUUGCUAACAAAAAACUUAAGUACUAAUCAGAUUUCGAAUUUAAUUAAUCAAUAAAUUAAAAAUUCAAUAAUUCUUAUUCAAUAUACAUUAAUGAUCAUUAAAGAGUACAUUAUUGGUACUCUCUUAGCCGACUUUUAAUAUUAAGCUCUUACUGUUAUGGGCUUUUUUAUGAUUUAUAAAGAGGAAUAUGAUUAAUAUUAUUAUUAUUAUUGGAUCAAAAGUUAAAAAUCUAUUCUCACGCACAAUUCGCAUGGAUCGAGAUGAUAAUUGAAAAAUAUUAAUAAAUGAAUGAAACAGCAUAAACACGGGGGACGAAAAUGAUUAUAAAAAAAAAAUAAAAAAUAAAUCAAGGGAGGAAUAAUAAUAGCGAGCGCGUGUUAUUUAAAACGACGUAUUCUACAGAAAAAAAAAAAAUAAAGAAAAAAAAAACUAGAAAAAACAAAGCUGAAAAUUAAAAAUUAUAGAAUGAUUUUGUUUGAUUCGUCCUUGAAGUGUUUAAAAUGUAUGCAUGUUAAUGAAUGUGAAAAAAUAUAAUAAUAAAAGUGAAAAAAAAAAAAUUAAUAAAUAAAACAAGAACGAGUUAAAGAAUGCGAAUGAGUGAGAAAAUAAUGUAAUCAAUAUAUAAUUGUAAAUAAUUGCUGGAAUUCAAAUUUAUUUCUAUUAUAUUGUCAUCAUCGUGUAUCAUGUAAGCUACUACUAAUUGAAUUUAAAUCGAAGAAAAAAAAACGUUAAUUGUUUUUUAUAAAUAUAUUUGAGUAUAUAUAAGUAUAUACAAAAAUGAUUACAAGAAUCGAUAAUUAAUUGUAAGUUGAUAAUAUUAAUAAUAAUAAAUGAAUAAAUAAAAAUUAAAAGAGAACAUGAAUUUGAAAAUAUACUGAUUUUUUUUAAAUCAUGUUUAAAAUAGUAUUUUUUUAAUUAUUCUCGAAAGUAAUAAUAAUUUUAAUUAGUCAAAUAUUUAAUGAUCUUGGUUAUCAUGAAAAAAAUAAGUGUUUCGAAGAAUUGAUGUAUAAAUAUAAUUUUUCGGAUAAUAAAUCGGUAAUCUGCCAAGUAUCACUGCUA